GUGAGUGGCUGUCAGUUAGUCAGUUUGUCAGUCGGUCGGAAAAUGGAACUUUUACUUGACAAGCAGCAUGUAUAACAAAUCUGCGUCAGCGCCGGAGCUCUACGUACGGUCAGCGGAGACGCAAACGGACCCAAGGAAGCACCGCAACACGAAGAUCGACAUUCCGGUCGAGGAGAAUGCCAUCUCGUACGAGCCAAGCCUGAACACUCAGUAUUUGCCGCAGCCCGAAUCGAGGCAUGAACGCAACCCCGGUCGCAUAAUCAGAAUGUUCACGUAUAGACCCUCCCGGCUGGCCUUCCUCUCCUACGUGUAUGUGCUGUUGGUCGUGCAGGUGGCUCUGUCCACGAUGCAGUGGCUACUCUCCACCUAUCGCUGGCGGCCGCAGCUGAAUGGACCGGAGCGCAACUUCAAUAUGCUGCUGCUCUUGCUGACCUGGGUGAAUCUGACAUUGGCAUUUCUUGGCUUCCGCCGGCUGCAGCUCAUGUAUCCCCUGAACUGGAUCAUCUUCCUGUGCAUGUUCGAGAGCCUCACGCUGCUCAUUAUGUUCCUGUGCGUCCGUGAAUUGGACCUGACCUGGUAUAUCAUUGUGAUCGGUUUGGCUGUGUUGUUAAUCUACACGCCUCUGGGCCUCUGGAGGCCCGCCUACUUGACGACGAACCUAUGGAUUUUGAUAUUCCUAAGCGUCACGGUCUUUGUCACCAGCACUCUGGCCCUGCUCACUGGCCUGGCCAUGCACUUGUAUCUCCCGCUGACCUUUUGCGUAACGCUAUUCGGACCGUGGACCAUGUACAAUACGUUUCGAUUGCACAAGAUCUCCCGUGACAUAUACUCGAGGUUCGGCUAUCUGGAGCAAGCGGCCAAAAUGUACAUUGCCUUUGGCUGCACUGUCGGCGGAUUGGUGGUAGUGAGUCGCAUUGCCAGCGACUCCAUUGAGAGCGAGAGCUGCAGGGGCGUGGCGUUUUGUCAUAUGCGAUCCGUUAGCAUCACGUACGGACCGGGAAAUUGAAUUUAUAAAACAGCAAAUCAUUUUUGCCAGCAAUGUCGCAUACUAAGUAUUUUAUAGCUAACUAUAUUCAUUUGGAUAAAUCGUUACUUACCGGGAUUGUGGACGAGCAGCCAGUAGCACAUGGUGACAAUAAAGGCGUACACUGUCGCACAGGUGUAGAGCACCCAGUAGAGGUGAUGGAGGCGACUCUUCUUCGCUUGGCGCACAACCUCAAAGUCCUCACGCUCCACCAUCAUGCCCUGGGUGACUAUCCAAGCGGCCAGCCAUGCCUGCACAGUGCAAAACAGCAGUCCCCAGUGGGUCAGGUAGAUCCACCACUUCGCAUAAUGGUGCUCGAAGUGCUCCUCCGUGCGUCCAAUGUCCAGCAGCGAGCAGACCAAUGCCGCCAAACAGGUUAUCGCCGUUAUCCAACGAUAAAACAGGUACACAAUACGCACCUGAGUAUUGCGCUGCCACUAUGCAUCAUAGUUUGUGGGGGAUGAUAGAUAUUAGUGAAAGAUUCAAAAUUGUUUUCAAUAAGAAAAUUUCUGCCUGGAAAAAAAAAUA